GCUAAGCACCUCAGCACGGUGGUGGGGGGGUUCUACGCCCUCCACCACUUCUUCCAGCUGCAGAUGGUCUGGGUGGUGUUGCUCAGCCUGCUGUGCUACCUGGUUCUCUUCCUGUGCCGGCACUCGGCCCACCGUGGGGUCUUCCUCUCCAUCACCAUCCUCAUCUACCUCCUCAUGGGGGAGAUGCACAUGGUGGAUACUGUGACCUGGCAUAAAAUGAGAGGGGCCCAGAUGAUUGUGGCGAUGAAGGCCGUGUCCCUGGGCUUCGACCUGGACCGCGGGGAGCUCCCGGCUGUCCCCUCCCCUGUGGAGUUCAUGGGCUACAUCUACUUUGUGGGCACGGCCAUCUUCGGGCCCUGGAGCCGCUUCCGUAGCUACCUCCAGGCGGUGGAGAGCCGGGCCCUGAGCCUCCCCUGGCUGCGGAAGGUGUCCCGGAGCCUCCUCCUCUCCAUCAUCUGCCUCCUCGUCUCCACCUGCGUCGCCCCCUACCUGUUCUCCUACUUCAUCCCGCUCUACGGCUACCGGCAGCUCAGGAAGUGGCUCCGGGCCUACGAAAGCGCCAUCUCCUUCCACUUCAGCAGCUACUUCGUGGGAUUCCUCUCCGAGGCCACGGCCACGCUGGCUGGGGCAGGAUUCACCGAGGAGAAGGACAACCUCAAAUGGGACCUGACGGUGUCCCGACCCUUGAAUGUCGAGCUGCCCCGGUCGAUGGUGGAAGUCGUCACCAGCUGGAACCUGCCCAUGUCCAGUUGGCUCAACUCCUAUGUCUUUAAGAACAGCCUGCAACUGGGGACUUUCUCCGCUGUCAUUGUCACGUACGCCGCCAGCGCCCUCCUGCAUGGACUCAGCUUCCACUUGGCCGCUGUGCUGCUGUCUCUGGGAUUCAUCACCUACGUGGAGCAUGUCCUCCGGAAGCGCCUCUCUGUCAUCUUUGACGCCUGCCUCCUCUCCAAGCGCUGCCCGCCCGGCUGUCCCCACCGCCAUAACACGAAUCUCUGGGUUCGGCUGCUGAACCUGCUUUUCGGCGCUCUGGCUGUCUUCCACCUGGCCUACUUGGGCUCACUCUUUGACAUCGACGCUGAUGACACCGUAGAGGAGCAGGGCUACAGCAUGUCCUACACCAUCUAUAAGUGGUCGGAGCUGAGCUGGGCCAGCCACUGGGUCACCUUCGGCUGCUGGGUCUUCUACCGCCUCAUCGGCUGAGCUGGACUGGGACACAGAGACACCAGGAGGUGGGGGGUGUCCUGGUGUGAGCCGACUGUACCUCCCCCGGCCACU